AUGUCCAAACCAGCAAUUCUACUUAUUCCGGGUUCCUUCUCUCUGCCCGAAUUCUAUGACCCAGUCAUAAACGCUGUGGCUGCAGAAGGUUAUGAAAUUCAAGGCCUCCACAAGCCAAGCGUGGGCCUUGCAAGCGGAAAACCUCGGGAAGGCGCACCACCAACCAUGUACGACGACGCUGCCUUCAUCGCUAAGGAGACCGAGAAACUCGCAGAUCAAGGGAAGGACGUGAUCCUGGUUGCCCACUCGUACGGGGGCGUCCCUGUGACGCAGAGCACUAAGGGACUGAGCAAGGAAGAAAGGAAGAAGCAGGGAAAGGUGGGUGGCAUUGUGAAUCUGGCGUAUAUGACUUCUCUGGUGCCACCUGUUGGGCAGGCAGCGAGGGAUAUUCUGGCAGAUGUACCCCAAGAGCAGAAGUUGGACCUGAAGGUUGAUGAGAAUGGCUGGAUGUAUCAGGAUCAACCCGAAGCAGUUGGGGCCAUCGUAUUUUCUGAUCUUCCCAAGGAAGAAGGAGAGGCCUGGGCGAGGAAAUUCCCCAGGCACUCCGCUCUCAGCUUCGUUGGUGAAUUGACCCAUGCUGGGUACAAAGACAUCCCAGUAUCGUACUUACUCUGCGAAAACGACAAGUGCAUUCCAGCAAACGUCCAGAGAAAUGGGAUCGACCUGAUCGAGAAGGAGAGCGGGAGGAAGGUUGAUGUGACCAGUAUCAAGGCGGACCACUGCCCCAUGGCUGGCCAGCCGAAAGCAGUGGCCGAUUGGAUCCUGACUGUUGCAGCAAAGUACUGA